AUGAUGGCGGUUAAGCUUGAUAUGUCAAAAGCCUAUGACCGAGUGGAAUGGCCUUUCGUGCAAACAGUGUUGAGGAGUAUGGGUUUUCCAGAGGGUAUGGUAGCAGUCAUCAUGAG